UUUCCGGCGAGGCAGCCUAAUCCAAAUUCAUUUCCCUCCUUUUAUCUCUAUUCCUCUUCAGCCUCACCAUUUGGACAUGCACGAUGCCUUCAUUCCCACAUCUCCAGAAAUUUUCUCUCUCGAUCACAACUCUCGGCAGUUCUACCACCGCCACCAGCACAGCCACUUGCACCACCGCUCAAUUUGUUCAAUUUCAGUUCGGUACUUCUCGAUUCCUCAGCAAAAGUAUAGUGGCAGUAGCAGCAGCUUCCGGCGGCUAUAGCAUGAAUGAACACCAGCCGUCGGUAGUUCUAGACAGUCUUAGAGUUUUGCAGUGGGAUCAGCUCUGUGACUGCGUCGCUUCCUUCGCCGGUACUUCACUCGGCAAACAAGCCGUCAAGGAGCAACUAUGGAAUCUGGAUAAAGCAUAUGAAGAUAGCGUAAGGCUACUGGAGGAGACUAGUGCGGCUGUGGAGAUGCAGAAAUAUGGUGCCAUGAUGGAGUUUUCUGGCAUCGAUGUUUCUUUGGUGGAAUCUGGCAUAAAAUGUGCUCGCAGGGGAUUCCCUGUGAGUGGGAGUGAAGCAAUGGCACUCGUAACCCUUCUGCAAUUUGCAGAUGCAUUGCAGUUAAAUGUCAAAGCUGCGAUAAAGGACGAUUCAGAUUGGUUUAGGAGGUUUAUGCCUCUAUCAGAAAUGAUUAUGGAAUUAGUUAUAAGUCAGCCUUUGAUUAAAUUUAUAGAACAAUUGGUAGAUGAAGAUGGCUCAGUAAAAGAUUCAGCGAGUUCAAACUUGAGACAUGCGCGUGAUCAAGUUCGUUUUCUUGAGAGAAAGUUGUACCAGUUGAUGGAAAGCAUGAUCAGAAAUGAAACAAAAGAAACAUCAACUCUGGAAAUAUGUAAUCUUGAUGGCAGAUGGUGCAUAAAGUCGGGCGCUAGGAUGCGCCCAGCUUUUGAGGGACUGUUGCUGGCAAGUGAUUCAGGUGUAGGAAGCGUUGUUGAACCAGUCUCUGCUGUUCCACUAAAUGAUGAGCUGCAACAAGCAAGAGCAUCUGCAGCAAAGGCUGAAGCUGAGGUGCUCUUAAAGAUUACCAAGAAGAUGCAAGUGGAUCUUGAUGAAAUUGAAAAUGUGUUCAGCAUCAUGAUUCAGAUAGACAUGAUCAAUGCUAGAGCACGAUAUAGUCUUUCCUUUGAGGGUUCAUGUCCGGAUCUGUAUUUACAACAAGAUGAAGAUGGCAUUAUUAACGAUGAAGCUUCUGGAGAGGACAAAAUCUCAACAGUACCACAACUGACUGGGAAUAAGUGGACUUUAUAUUUGCCUAAAGCUUAUCAUCCAUUAUUGCUUCAACGGCAUCGUAUAAAUCUGCAAAUGGCCAUGAAGGAUCUCAGUAAUGCGAAUGCUGAAAUGAGGAGGAGAAAACAGCUACGAGGACUUGCAAAGGGGGAAGAAGAAAAAAAUUUGAACUCAUUGCAAAUGCAGGUUGCUACGCUGAAACAAGCUCUUCCAGUCCCUUUUGACAUAUUUAUUGCACAGAAUAAUAGAGUUCUUGUUAUAACUGGCCCUAAUACUGGAGGCAAAACCAUUUGCCUGAAGACAGUUGGGUUGGCUGCUAUGAUGGCAAAAUCAGGUCUAUAUGUCUUGGCUUCAGAACCAGCAAGGAUUCCCUGGUUUGAUUUUGUACUUGCUGAUAUUGGCGAUGAGCAAUCUCUAUCUCAAUCGCUGUCCACCUUUUCUGGCCAUCUGAAACAAAUUAGUGAAAUCAGGUCCCUGUCAACUAGUCUGUCAUUGGUACUCUUGGAUGAGGUAGGUGCUGGAACAAAUCCAUUAGAAGGAGCUGCCCUGGGAAUGUCAUUGCUGGAGUCUUUUGCUGAUGGUGGUGCCUGGUUGACAAUAGCAACUACACAUCAUGGAGAACUCAAAACUCUCAAAUACAGCAACAAUGCCUUUGAAAAUGCUUGUAUGGAGUUUGAUGAAGUGAACUUGAAGCCUACCUACAGGAUCCUUUGGGGAGUACCAGGACGUUCAAAUGCAAUCAAUAUCGCUGAGAGGCUUGGACUGCCUGUUGAAAUUUUGGAUAAUGCGCGUGAACUAUAUGGAGCAGCUAGCGCGGAAAUCAACGAGGUGAUAGUUGAUAUGGAGAGAUUUAAGCAGGAUUAUCAUAAUAAGAUCCAUGAGGCUCAGCACUACAUGAGGCUCUCCAGGAAACUUCACCAGAGUCUACUCUUGACCAGAAAGAGAUUGAUGGAACAUGGCAUGGAGGAAAGAUACAGGAUGAUGCAAGAAAUAUCCGGAGCAGCAGCCUCAGCACGUUCCAUCACUCAUAAGAAAGUGCGGGAAUCUCGAUCAGUUCGUAUUCAACCAUCCAAGCAAAUAAAAGCAGAUAAGGAUAGGCCGAAUUCGACAUCCAUUCAUCUACAUGCUCCUGCAGAAAAAAAUGGAAUUUCUCCAGUGACUGACACUGCAUGCUCCAUGGAUAAUGCCAAGCCAUCAAUUACAGAUAAGAAGCUUGAACUUCCAAAGGUUGGGGACCUGGUGAAUGUGCCUUCUCUGAAUAAGAAAGCAACAGUUUUGAAGUUGGAUCUAUCCAAAGAAGAACUAGUAGUUCAAGCUGGUAACUUGAAGUUGAAGUUAAAACUGGCUGAUAUUGUGACCUGAUAAAGUUUGCAGAAGAUUUCAUGAUCUCAAAGAAUUACGGGUAGAUUUCUUUUUUCAUUUUGUUUUUCCUUCUUUUUAAUCCCUCUUGCUGGUUAGGAUAUUUAGUUAUGUUAGGAACAUGAGAUAUUCUUGUGUAGUUUUGGGUCUUAUCAUAAUCCUUAAUAUCUGUCUUUCUCUUGAUUAAUUGUUAUUUAUACCUGUUUAAUCUCUAUCUUAGAGACAGGGAGAUACACUCACAUAUGCACUGUCUCAUGCAUUCACUGGCAAAACAUAUUCAUCUUUGCUUAAGACUUAUUUAGUUAAAUCUAGUCUCUAGGAAGACCUUUGACUAAUCUGCAUCAUUCAGACCUCGGCCCCUAGACUAUCAAACACUGAAUUAAGUUCAGAUACAGUUCAAUCUCAAUACAAGAUAAUCUGUGGAGUAAAUUGUUUGGCUCAACUUGAUUUAUUUACAAUAUACUUUACA